AGGGUCCGGUACAUUUAUAUUACUAGCUCACCUGAGUCGUAUGUGGGGAGGAACUGGUCAUGUGCGGCAGAAUGUGCAAACUGGGCUUGUGACAGCCUGGGGACUAAGGUUGGGCACCUUCCUCUUUUUGCGGAUAAUGAGAGAUGGGCACGACCGAAGGUUUAACAACGUCAGAGACAGCCCAGGAACCUUCUUUGUGUACUGGACUGUGCAAGCAAUCUGGGUGUUUGUCACACUGCUGCCCACCCUGAUCCUGAACGGUGAGCGCCGGGACGAGCCCUUGGGACCUCGGGACUACGUAGGCUGGGGCUUAUGGGGCCUUGGCUUUGCCACAGAGGCCAUCGCAGAUCAGCAGAAGUGGAAUUUCAAACGGGACCCUGAUAAUGUUGGCAAAUUUAUCCAGAGUGGACUGUGGGCGUACAGCCGGCACCCUAAUUACCUGGGCGAGAUCCUGCAGUGGUCGGGGCUCUUCAUCUCGGCCUCCUCGGUGAUGCGAGGACCCCAGUACCUCAGCGUGGCGUCACCCCUCUUCCUCUGGUUCCUCCUGCGCCACGUUAGCGGAAUCCCCAUCCUGGAGAGGCAGGCGCUGAAGAGGUGGGGCUCCGACCCCGCUUUCCAGGACUACAUCAAGAACACUCCCCUCCUCUGGCCUCGUUUAAAGUUAAAGUAAUUUACCACACUUCCUCCAGAGAUGAGCGAGGUGCAAGAGAUGAGACCCAUCAUUGCUCAAGAGUGCAUACAGUUUUGCACCAAUUAACCUCAGUGGAAUUGGUUACCUUAGGGUAAAAAGAUGUUCGGGUCAGGGUUAAGGUUUUUGCUGAUGUAAGACCAGAGCCAGGCACUGUCUGGUCACCCUCAACUUUAUUGUUCAAAAUUCCCAUGCAGUCUUGAAAGUGGAAAAGGCUGUAUUCCAUUUCACAUACUGUUUACAGGGGAGGGUUAAAUCCUUAUUGUUAUACUGUGAUACGUUUGAUUUGGAAUAAAUAUGGACUUAAAGGAGCU